CCACACCCCACCAAAAUUUCCACCACUGGAAACGAGUGAAACCCAAUGAAUUAUCAAUUAUGUACAACUGUCGGUUGUAUCUAAAAAUGAAAAUUUACAGAUAAAAACACGACUCUGCACACAUGAAACUUUCAUGUUAGUCAAAAAUAUUUGAUAGGUUUGAAUAUGAUCAAUCAUGUUUAACAUUGAUAAGUUGAGCUAUAUUAAUACAUUCAAAUGCUUGUUGCAAGCAUGAAGGUUUCACGUAAGAUUAGACAAUGUUUUAUCAGCAACUGUUCAAUCCCACAUGCAGACAAGAGUACUCUUGUUUUAUGUUUAGAACAACACAAAAGUUGCAGUCUUGGGAGCGGCAGGGGGCAUUGGACAGCCAUUGUCAUUACUUCUAAAGAUGUCACCAUUAAUUGAUCAACUGGCAUUGUAUGAUAUCGUCAAUACACCAGGUAAAGCCUUUGAUUUAGAUAUCUGACUGUUUAUUUAUUGCAUUGACUAGUUUUAAUCAUUACACUUUCGUUAUAGGUGUUGCGGCCGACCUAAGUCACAUUGAAUCUGCGGCUAAGGUAAUUAGUUAAGUACUCUUGAUUAAACUUGGCCAUACUUUUAGUUCUCUUCUUUUACAUAUUAAAUGUUUAAAGAUAGUUGUACAACUGUUACAACAUUGUUACAAGUUUGUUGCAAGAUUGUUACAAAGUUGUUGCAAGAUUGUUGGACAGUUAUCAUAAGGUCAUUAAAGUGUUACAAUAGAAUGUUGUUGCAAGGUUGCUGCAAGGUUAUUGCAAUAUUCUGAAACACUUGAAGGUUUUUGCAAAAUUGUUAGAAAUAGGUCAUUACAAGGAUUUUAAAAUGUUGUAACAAUAGAAGGUUGUAUCGAGGUUACUACAAGGUUAUUGUAAUAUUCUGAAGCAUGUGAAUGUUGUUGCAAGAUUGAAACCACAUUGUUAUAAGAUCCUCCUCUGCAGAUAACCCAUCAUCAAGGCGCCGAACAAAUGGAGGAGGCGCUAAAAGAUUGUGACAUUGUCAGCAUACCUGCGGGAUUACCAAGAAAACCUGGUUAGUAACACCUGACAAAAAAUAUCCUGUUCAUCCAGUUUCCUGUACAAUCCUAUUUUUUCUGCCAUCUCUAGUUUGAAAUGGUUGCAACUAUGUGGUUACCUACUGACCCUAUUUUUUCAUUGGUUACUUCAUAAUAUGUGACGGCAAAAAUUGCAUCAGUUGUCAUCACAUGGUAGUCUUGGUUGAAGUCUGUCUCAGAAGAAAAAGUAGGAAGACUUGGGAUUUUUGCAGCAUUUCGUAUGUUACUUGCAAAAAUUUGUUGUUGUCAACUCACAAGCCACGCCUCAAUUAAAAAAAAAUUCUGAUCUACCUAGAUCCCAUUUUUGACAGGGUAUGCACCUUGAACUACAGGAUAUUUUCGACCUAAAAUGCUUUGAAUUAACCAAAUUCCUUUCAUCUGAAGAGGUUGCUGUGUUGUAAAUACUUUUUAUGUAGAUAACAAGAUUACAUUAAUUAAUAUGCUACCUUCUUCUAACUUUUACAAGGUAUGACAAGAGACGACUUAUUCAACACAAAUGCUAGCAUUGUUAAAAACCUAACAGAGGCUUGUGCAAAAUACUGUCCUAAUGCCAUCAUUAGUAUCAUUUCAAAUCCUGUAAGUGUUGGAGCCUUCAAGUAUUGUUCACUAUCCCAUACAACAAAAUCCUAUUGGAAUUCUGCCUGGGAUUGUUAUUGCAUUUGAGCGAAUUUGUGUUGGAUUCAUUGGAUUCCACUAAAAGUAAAAUUUAAAUGCCUCAAACCAAUUGGAAUUUGGGUCAGUUUCCAAUAGAAAUUCAUAUGAUAAACCCAAUUGGAUUUUUUGUAAGGGAUCAGAAAUUCAGAUUUCAGAAUAAACAGUAUGAUGGACUCUAUCGAGAUUUUGUUCACUGGCAGGAAUUUGGUUGAGUAUUCCACCUACAAAAUUACCUAAGUACUAUGAUGUAUUCUGUAUCUUAUCAGGUGAACUCGACUGUACCCAUUGCUUCUGAAGUGUUCAAAGCAGCGGGCGUUAAUGAUCCAAACAGGUUUGUCAAAUAUAUUAUAGAUGAUUAUUUCUUUUCUAAAUGGUAAGUAUGAUUUACAUAAUUUGAUCAUUUGAAUGUUUGUAGAAUAUUUGGUGUGACAACGUUAGACAUUGUGAGAGCAAAUACAUUUGUUGCUCAGCUAAAGGUGAGUGAAGCUGAACGUUAUUCCUUUUCACAAAAAUAACAAAAAUUGUAAUUUGAUUUUGGGCCAAUUUCCAAUUCGAGUGACUUUUUUUGUUGGAAGUUACAGUGAAUGCCAAUUAGAAAAUUGAAAUUCCUAGUGGAGUUCCAAUUGGUUAAAUUAAUUAAAAUUAAACUCUUAUUAGACUUCCAGCCAAUUAGAAAUUAUUCCUAGAUUGGAAUUAAAAUUGGAUUUUCCUAGCACAAGUUCCUUUCUUCAGUUGUCAUGAUUUUAUUUUUGAGCAGGAUCUUGAUGUUAGCAAAGUUAAAGUUCCUGUGGUUGGUGGACAUUCUGGAAUAACCAUCCUACCCUUGCUAUCUCAGGUACGUCUGAUGUUCUCAUCAAUGUUUAUUUAACAAAAAAAUAUUGUAUUUUAUUAUAUAAAGUAUAGUGCUUUAUGUAGCGAGCAGGAGUGUUUUAUUAGGUUUAAAGCCACGAGCGCACAGCGCGAGUGGCUUGAGACCUAAUAAAACACGACUCAAAAAUGGUUAUUUUUCACGCACGUAAUUCAAUACAAAAUUUGCGAACUUCACAGGGGGCUAUAUUUUCCUCAUUUUACAACAUUUUGCAACCAAACUUUGCAAUUUUACUAUUUUUCACAUGCUCUUCCUAGCUGUGGUGAUGGAUUUUGUUCUUCUUGCCUAGAUCAAAAUUUAGUCUAUAAGUAUAACUGGAAAUGCCUGUUGGUUAAAUAUUGUUUCAUUUUAGACGCAACCAAAAACGUCUUUCACUCAAGCUGAGAUUGACAGUUUAACAGACAGAAUUCAGAACGCCGGCACGGAGGUUGUGAAUGCAAAAGCUGGAGCCGUAAGUUUGGCUAACGGUUUAGAAUCAUGGAAAUUGUUUAUUUUUCUAUCCAGGAUUAUUCUCUGACGCUGUUUUAAUUUCCAGGGUUCUGCAACCUUAUCCAUGGCCUAUGCUGGAGCAAGAUUCGUGUUUUCGGUAAGAAAAAGAAGUCAUUUACAAAUUGCGGUCUAGUUGACUAGUCCUCAAGAACAGUACCAUCAAGUUCAGGCUUCGUUUCUAAAUUCACUGUAGAAACAUUACAACUUUGCCUCGUUCUAAGGCUAUUAUCUGUGGGCAUUCGAUCAUGAUUUCGAAAAGGUCUUUUGGUUUGUCCAGAAAACUCUCAUGCAAACUCUCGCUUCUCAACUCUCUUCAACUCUCAUGCAACUCUUGCUCUCGUUUGACCAGGACAUGAGAGUUGAGAAAACUCUCAUGCAAACUCUCGCUUCUCAACUCUCAUCAACUCUCAUGCCACUCUUGUUCUCGUUUGACCAGGACAUGAGAGUUGAAAAAACUCUCGUGCCAACUCUCGCUUCUCAACUCUCUUCAACUCUCAUGCAACUCUUGUUCUCGUUUGACCAGGACAUGAGAGUUGAGAAAACUCUCAUGCGAACUCUCGCUAAUUAGAUCUCAACUCUCGUGCAACUCUUGUUCUCGUUCGACCGGGACAUGAGAGUUGAGGAAACUGUCAUUGAAACUCUCGCUUCUCAACUUUCAUCAACUCUCAUGCAACUCUUGUUCUCGUUUGACCGGGACAUGAAAGUUGAGAAAACUGACACGCAAACUCUCGUGGCUUCUCAACUCUCAUCAACUCUCAUGCAACUCUUGUUCUCGUUUGACCAGGACAUGACUGAGAGUUGAAAAAACUCUCGCUUCUCAACUCUCGUCAACUCUUGUUCUUGUUUGACCAGGGCUUAUAAGCCACUAUAGGCCUUAGUUGAAAUUUAAACAAUCAUUAAUGAUGUUUCAGUUGUUGAAAGCUUUACGUGGAGAUUCUGGGAUCAUUGAGUGUGGA